GCAUCCCUUUCAAAGAUGGCCGGAGGCCAUAUUCAUAUGCUUAAUACUCACAUUAACAAGUAUAAAGUAUUGAUCUACACAAAGGCUACUUGCGGAUACACUGACAAAGCUGUUGAUUUGUUCAACAAAGGCGAGGUUGAUUUCAAGUUAUUUAACCUUGACGAUAUGGAGGAGCCCAAUCUAAUGAAACAGGCCCUCUUCGAAAUCACCGGCCAAAGGACAGUGCCGAACAUUUUUAUUAACAGUCAGCACAUUGGUGGAUACUCUCACCUUAAGGAGCUUCAUGAACAGAAUAAGCUGAAAGGAUUAUUAGAUGACGCCUAUGUAAGGCAUAUCUUUUAA